UGUUGCCAAACAUGAUUACACUGUCAGGAGCAUCCUUGCCUAACCUCUCCUCCCAAGCGCAUCUGAAUCCAGAACAUAAGAGCAGAGGAACUGAAUAGCUUGGAAGCAGUGACUUUAAAAUAAAACAAUCGUUUUAACUUGACUAUGGGGCGGCUGCUGUGCGUGCUGUUGGUAUUCCUGGCUUGCUGUGUUGUCCAAACAAACGCAGAGACAGUAUGCAGGAUCAGGCAGUUCCUGUGUGGGAACGGGAAGUGCAUUACGCUGAGAUGGGUGUGUGACGAAACAGAUGAUUGUGGAGAUGGAACUGACGAGCUCCCCGGAACCUGCUCGGCCAGAACAUGCAGAACCACAGAGUUUAGCUGUGGUGGACGUCUGAACCAGUGUGUUCCCAGUACCUGGCUCUGUGACGGCAAAGCAGACUGUGAGAAUGGAGCUGAUGAGGAGAGCUGUGCGCCCAAGCACUGCACAGAUAACAAAUUCCGCUGCAGUAACGGCCAGUGUGUGUCGGCCUCCUUUGUGUGUGAUGAGGAGUUGGACUGUGAUGACGGGAGCGACGAGGCUUCCUGCCCAGCCACCACCUGUAGCUCCACCUCCUUCCAGUGCAACAACUCUGUGUGUGUGCCGCGCCUGUGGGCCUGCGACGGAGACACUGACUGCUCGGAUGGCUCCGACGAGUGGCCCCAGAGCUGUGGGACGCGAGCCGCUGAGGGUGCCCCCAAGUCCUGCUCCCUUCGGGAGUUCCAAUGUGGCAGCGGGGAGUGUAUCCACAGCAGCUGGAAAUGUGAUGGAGGGUUCGACUGCCUGGAUCGCUCUGACGAGACCAACUGUAGCCGCCUCACCUGCCGCCCCGAUGAGUUCCAAUGCGGUGAUGGCACCUGUAUCCACGGCGGCCGCCAAUGUAACCGCCAGUACGACUGCAGAGACUUGAGUGAUGAAAUAGGCUGUGUCAAUGGUAGGCUCUUGCCCCACAUAAAGCUACUACCCCUGCUUCUACUACUGUGCCCUACUGGAAUGGUAAUACUUCCUUUGUGUUAUAGUCACACUCUCCUCUCCUCCACAGUGAGCCAUUGCAAGGGUCCCACCAGGUUUAAGUGCCGUAGUGGGGAGUGCAUCAGCAUGGAGAAGGUGUGUGAUAAGCAGCGUGACUGCAGGGACUGGUCAGAUGAGCCUCUCAGAGAGUGUGAUUCCAACGAGUGCCUGUACAACAAUGGCGGCUGCUCACACAUCUGCAAUGACCUGAAGUUCGGCUAUGAGUGCCAAUGCCCCACCGGCUACUACCUGACGGACAAGAAACGCUGUGAAGAUAUCGAUGAGUGUGCCAACCCAGACAUCUGCAGCCAGAUCUGUGUCAAUCAUAUGGGCAGCUACAAGUGCGAGUGUGAGGAGGGCUACCAGGUCGACCCAGCCACUAAAGCCUGCAAGGCCAUCGGCACUGUAGCCUAUCUGUUCUUCACCAAUCGCCAUGAGGUGAGGAAGAUGACACUGGACAAGAGUGAGUACACGCGUGUCAUCCCCCGCCUGAAGAAUGCAGUGGCUCUGGACAUGAACAUGGUUGCCAAGGAGAUUUACUGGUCUGACCUCUCCCAGAAGAAGAUCUACAGCACCUCAAUAGACUUGGCUGCAGACACAGCACAGCACAAAGUUGUGAUUGACAGCGACAUUGAAGCUCCGGAGGGCAUCGCCUUUGACUGGGUCCACGGCAACAUCUACUGGACCGACAGUAUUCGCAGCAGCAUCUCUGUGUCAACUGCCAACGGGAGUCGCCGCAAGACUCUCUUCCAGAAUGACCUGGCCAAGCCCCGCGCUAUUGUGGUCGACCCCCACAGCAAUUUCAUGUACUGGACUGACUGGGGAACUCCAGCCAAGAUUGAGAAGGGAGGUCUGAACGGAGGAGACCGUGCUGCUCUGGUCACAGACAACAUUGUGUGGCCCAAUGGAAUCACCCUUGACCUGCUGAACCAGCGGCUGUACUGGGUGGACUCCAAGCUGCACACCCUCUCCAGUAUCGACGUCCAGGGUGGUGGCCGAAGAACACUCAUUAUAGAUGAACACAGGCUAGCCCAUCCCCUAGGCAUCACUGUGUUUGAGGAAAGAGUGUUUUGGACAGAUGUCAGCAACAAUGCCAUUCUGAGUGCCAACCGUGUGACAGGCAGGGACAUCAAGCCUGUGGCAGAGCACCUGGUAUCCCCAGAGGACAUUGUGUUGUACCACAACCUCAAACAGCCAACUGGCAGGGACUGGUGCAAGGUGGCCAACGGAGGCUGUGAGUUCAUGUGUCUGGCAGCCCCCCAGGUGGGCAUACAUUCCCCCAAGUACACCUGUGCAUGCCCUGACAACAUGCUGCUGGCCAAAGACAUGAGGAAAUGUGUACCAGCUGCACCAACACCUGCAACUCCAGUCAAGCCCAUUGUUCCCUCCACCAAUCCCCCACCGGCACCCGCCCACACCACCCCUGCACCUCCAGCCCGCGCCACCACUAAGGCCCCCAUCAUCGCUACCACAGUUAUGCCUGCGCCUCCCCGCACUACCAAGCCUGUGCCACGCAACCCCCAGCCAGAUAGACCCAGGAUCCCCCAGGCCCAGACUACCACAAUGCCUCAAGUCACCACUCAGGACAUCCGUCAUGAAUUUGCUGCUAUACCCACAGCCCCUUCAACCCCUGCAGCUUUAUACAUCGCGCUGCCUAUAGCCAUUGUGUGUCUGGUGGCCUUUGGUGCCGUGCUGCUGUGGAGGAACUACAGGCUGAAGAACACUAACACCAUUCAUUUUGAAAACCCAGUCUACCAGAAGACCACUGAAGACCAGGUGCACAUAUGCAGGAGCCACAGUCCAGACGGCUACUCCUACCCACCGAGACAGAUUGUGAGUCUUGAUGAUGAGGCUUGACCGUAGUGCUGCCAAUCCCUGCCAACACAAACGCUUUAAGAGGAGAAAGCAGAGGAGUAAGAGAGACAUUUUAUAUAAGCUACCUGGACAAUCUUAUUUUUUUACCUCACAACCUCAAAGACAUGAGAAGGCAGAGAAAGUGUCAUACCGCUGACCAAACCACUGUGUGCUCAAAGACAAAUGGAAUCUCUGGAAAGAAAAGCAAGAAAAGGAGGAAGAUUUCUCAUUCAUGUGUCUUUCUUGCCCAUUUGUGCACAAUCCAGAGCCAUAAGAGACCAUCAACUCAUCUCCACCAAGAUUGAGUUUUAUUGGCCCAUUCUACACCAUAGUAUUUUUCUCAGAGACGAUUUGUCUGAACUGUGAAAUGUCUUACAAAUGCAAGACUAUUCAGAAGUUGAACCACAUUAUGAAAGAACAGUAAUGUAAUUGUAAUAUUUGAGUGUUUGGUGUUUGUGAAGAAGUGCCCUUGAUAUAUGAGGUGACAGCAACUUUAUUUAACACCACUUAGAAUUGAGAAAAAUCUCUCUUUCUUGUUACGUAGAAUUCAGAAAUGAGGUAUUGUAAAUAACGUAGGUAUUUAUUUGACUUAUGUCCGAGACUGAAAAAAUGUUGAGAAAUAAUGAGCGGAUCAUAUCUUUUACUAUGUCUAGACUAAUUUAUUUGUUCCUGAAUUGUUUUAAUAUCAAAAUCUGACUUAAACUAACACCUGAGCCACUUGUUGAAAUGAAACCCUUUGAUAGUGAAUGUCGUCAUGAAUUCUAUACAUGAGCCAAUUUUACCUCUAUAUCAUCACCAGACAGGGACAAAGUCAAAUCAUAGUUUUUAUACCAAUCGUCCACAUUGCCUCACUAGUGGAGCACUAUCCAAAUGGACGGUUAAACACACUGACACUUACAGUAUACUGUAUGUCUAUGUGCCUUGAUAACACUAUUGCUGUGGGAACAUUCAAUUUCCCUAAUAUGGUGUUUAAUUGCAAGCCAAGACAGUAGAUUUAGGACAGUCUGUCUGAGAUGUAGCUUUCUCAUUUUCUCCCUUGUCUUACUUUCUGUCAUCCACUCCUUCUCAAGCUUCCCGUUCUUUCAGCCCAACUGUGUGAAAGCAGUACAUAAUUGUGUAAUUCUUCUAUGACAGAAAGCCUUAAACCAUGUUCAUUGUUCAUGUGUCUUGCAACAGUAGUACACAGACUUACACUUUUAGAAAAAAGGGUGUUAUUUAGAACCUAAAAGGGUUAUUGGGCUGUCCCCAUAGCAGAACCAUUUGAAGAACCCUUUUUGGUUCCAGAUAGAACCCUUUUGGGUUCCAUGUAGAACCCUUUCCACGGAGGGUUAUACAUGGAAUCCAAAAGCGUUCUACCAGGAACCAAAAAGGGUUCUACUAUGGGGACAGCUGAACCAUUUUAAAACCAUUUUUUCUAAUAGUGUAGCAUAUCAUGUCUUCAUUCAGGUUCAGAAACACAAGUUGCCUUUUAAUGGUUUUCACAGCAUUGUUUACUGGAGAGAGAGAUUUAUUUGACCAAGUAAAAACUGAUUUUGACAGUUCUAGGUACUGGAGUAGAAGCCAUCCAAGUGCAUUAUAUAUCAUGCUGAUAACCUUUUAACCAGAUGAUUUAUUCAAAUACUAAUGAUAGUGCUGAGGUGGCUUUAGGCCACAAUGUUUGACACCUCUUUCUCUGAGAUCAGAGUGAAAUUAAUGUGUCUAACUGUUUACAAUUAAAUGUGUUUGACCUUGAGGAUGUCACAGUGUUAUAGGUAUUAGACAGACAAAUAGUUUGGGUAAUUAUAUAUGGCCUAAGCCUAACAAAGACAUUAUUGUUGAGUCAGUGAAAGUGUUUGUUUAUGUUUCUGUUGUGUUUUUUUUUUUAUGUGGGGUUGGGGCUAAACAUAUUGUUUAAUUCAAUAGCCAUAUGGAAUAAAUCCAGAAAUUAGUGUUAACUAACAUCAACAGUGCAGAUCAUGAAUAUGUAAAUAUUAUGUUCAUAAUGUAUUUGUAAAUAUUCAUUAAAAAAAAUUGGUCAUGA